GGAUACGAUGGCGCUACGCUACGAAGCAGCACGAUUUCAGUUUUCAGUCUUCUCUCUGCCACGUAAAUUGACAUAACUGUCAUAACAGAAGAAAGAGAGAGAGAGAGAGAGAGAGAGAAAGAUAAAAUCAUAGAAUUUGGAAUAUUUGGAUGUGUUUUCCACAUUCGUGUUAGAGAUAUCGGUAUCGAUAGACACAUAUAUGCAGCACUGUGCAGUGUGCACCACUGUGCACACGUAACCGCGAACGCUUAUCCGUAUAAUGAGACUCUCACCCCGCGUCGGAAAGGAGGAAACGUAGCGUUUAAAGGGAAACGGAGAGAAAACGAGGAGCCGAGAAAGAGGAACGCCGGUUGUGCUCCGCUUUUCCACAUCCCUCGUCCUGACUAAAGUGGAGUGAUAAUGACAACACCUAUGUGCGAGGAUGGUGGACCGUUGAGAGAGUGGGCGCCGCUCGCCGUCCUUUUGCAACAGAUACCUGCCAAGAUACAGAAUGGCAUUUUCACGCAGGACAUCAGUUUCACCUGCAUCGAUGCACUGACCGAGUUUAUCGCCAUUGGAACUAAUCACGGGCUCGUUUACUGGUACAACAGGGAGAAGCAGGAUCUGCAGAGACUACGUUGCGAGAAUGUCAACUCCAAAAUCACAAGUGUGCAAGUGAUCUCCACGGUCGAUUACAUGGUUGCAGCAGGCAAUGAACACGGCGUCGUUACAGUUUUCCAAAUUCCUAAGAAUCCGCCGGACUCAUUGCCAAACAGUUUAAAGCCGAAACAAAAGAAACAGGUGGAAAGGUACAGUAUAAGUGGCUUACAUAAUACCGCGGUGACGGCAGUGGAGUGGUCUAAGAACGGUAUGAAAUUAUUCAGUGGAGAUAAAGACGGUUUGGUAGUUUUAACGGAGAUUGAUUUUUAUAUGCAUUUAUCCAAAUCAUCGAAAUUGUUGAACGAGAAAUAUUCUGUGGUACAAUUAAGUUACCAGCAGGGCUUGCUAAUAGUCUCAACGACGUUACGUACAAUUUUAGUGAACAGAAAUGAAAAUGGGAAAGUGAUACAAGUCGGCCAAAAAGAACGUAAAACAUUAGGUAAGCUAGGAGCGGUGUUCGGUUCUCGGCAAAAUUAUGUACAAGAACCGGUAAUCUAUGCAAGUAGGCCAGGGUUACGUUUGUGGCAAGCUGAUAAGGCUGGGACUGUAUUAAAAACGCUGAUAUUUAAGGAUGCAGUUAGAUCGGGUCAUACAGAAGUGACGUUAUUAAAUCCCGCACCCGAAGGGUCGAGGAAGAAUCGUGGCGAGCCUUCAUUCGGCAUCGUAUUACCGUUUUGUGAUGACUUGUUAGUAACGUACUGUGAUGACGUAGUCUAUGUAGUAAAUCCAAAUACUAUUGCAAUAACAUCGAUCAUAAAUGAUUUACGGCGCGUUACCGAUGUGGCUUGCACUAAAGACGAAAUAUUUAUAUUGGAAGGAGAGAGAAAUAUUUUGCGAAUUGCCUAUUAUCCGGAAAAUGAUAUUUUUACAGAAGAAACAAGAAAUACAUUGGAUCCUUUGUCGUCAUUUGCUGAAUACAGUAAACCUGUUGCUAAUGGCAUACUAGAAUUGACAUCGAAAUUAAAGGAGAGUAGUAUAGUGCCAGCUAUUCCCUUUCCAAAAAUCAAUCCAACCAACAUUAUUCAAUCUGUAGGCAUUGUACCAAUUGUUACUAUUGGUACUGACGACAAUGCGAUUAUAAACGCAGAAGAAGCUGUGGAAGUGCCGCCAAUAGUUCCAAUAGAUUUAAAUACACAACUCGUAACCGAUAUCAACGCAAUACCGGAAUACAAUAAUAGUAAUAGAAUAAGAAACGCGGAAGACGUGAAGAGCAACGAUCGCCGAGAGAUAUUUCAAAGAAUUGGCCAACAGGAAUUUGAGGAUGUCGUUUUCACGCCUGAAAGGAAGCAAAGAAAAUCUCGGAACAAAAUAACGAACGGAAGCGAGAGUGUCACAAUGCCAGACGGUAACACCGAUCAUUUGUCGAGCAGUCUAAGCACUGAUCACGUGAACGCCAACAAGACGAUGACGACCCAUUCCUCUUUAAUGCAAUUGAGCCUCGACGAUGAUUUUAUAUUGAAGUCAGAUCGAGAUUUAGAAACGAUUCAACGGGAUGUGGAGAACAAGGAGAAAUUGUUAGCAGACGUUCUGGAUUUUGAUUUGUCCAAAUAUAUGACGAGCAGUCGAAUAGACAUGGAUGAUUCGAGUAUGUCAAAUCGUAUAGAUACUAUAACGUGCAUCAAUUGUAAUGUACACUCCAACAAUGUGGUGAACGGAGAGGAACCGAUCGCGAACGAGGAAAAUGAAAAUGUCGAACAGAGCGAUUACACGGGUACUGAAUCAGGGGAGGAAGAUGUUAGUUAUCGUACCGAAUUGAAGCUAUUAGAAGAUCUCGAGGAAUGCAGAAAGACUCUUUUACAAAGUAAACUGAAUGACGCUCCAUUAGUCGGUAAUAGUUUCGUCGAUAUUCGACAAAAGGCGCCCACGAAUCGAGACGAGUUAGAAUACCAAUUUAACGCUUUGGCAAAGGAAUGCGCCACAAAGGAAUGCGUUACAAAGGAAUCCGCUGUUCUCGAGGAGGAAGAAGAUUGGGUUUUAGUCAAGGAUGAUAUACCAUCGGUUAUGUUUUAAGCAGAAGUCGUACGUAGUAGUUGCCUCGCGCGUCUUGUACAUAUGUCAAUAUAUUAUUAAAAUAAUUAGACGAUUACGUGAUAUACACAAAAGCGGCUUUGAAAUAACGAGUAAAUUCUUUCAUUACGAAUAUUUAUUCUGUUGGGCAUGUUCCAUUGAUCGUGAAAAGGUUAAAUUUUAUUCCGUUAGGUAUCAAGUAUAGAUAUUGUAUAAAUUAUUAGACGAUAGAAAAGUAUUGUUUAAAACAUUUUAUAAUUUUGAAUGUGUGUGUCAGGCAAUGAAAUGAAUUAUUGUUAUAAAAUAAUAUGCAUUGAAGUCCUAAAAUAUGCAAUUAUGAUUAUUCUCACUAACUAAGUAAAAUUGCAUUUCGCAAUUAUUAUCGAAAUUGGAAGAUAAUACUAGUCACCGCUUGCAUAAUAUUUUAACAUAAUGAUUGAUGUGUUUUAAUUAUUAAUUAUGUAUUAUAAUUAUUAAUAUAUUUGUGAUUAAUGAAUUUAACCUUUUAUGAAUCGAAUAUUUUGUAAAAUAUAGUUACAUUAAUUCCAUUAUUUGGCGUAAUAUCUAAGUUCGGUAAUCACCUAGGUCUAUGAUUUGUUAAAAAAUAUAUGUAACGUGUUUAUAUAUUUUUGUUUACUAUUUUGGGAAAGCUAUGUAUAACGCAAUUCCUCAGGUAUAUAAUAUUUAACACAUUUUGCAUAAUCAAAUAGUAUUUUUACACAUCUUACAUCUGUCGAGCACACGAAGAUAUAUCACUGGUAUGAUAUAUCACCGUCAUCCAACAUCUUAUUAUGAAUUGUUACAAUUUUUGUUUGACAAGAGUAUUAUAUAAGUCUACAUUCCAGUCUACACCCCACCAUUGAUACAUUUUGGUAUUAUAAUUUUGUUAGUUUGUAUCAGACAAAUAGUGAUCUUUGAGACACUAGGCUCAAAAGUGUUUACACUAACAUUUACUUAUUGCUCUGUCUCUAGUUUGUAUGGUAUAUCUCUGUUUGAGUGUAAGAAAAACAGAAAGAUUAUAUAACAUAUGAGAACCUUAUAUCAUGUGGCUCCAAAGUAUAUCAUUUUGCCACGCAUCAUUAAUACACUUCAAGAUACGAAAAGUUAAAUACAAAUUAUUGUUAAUGAAUAAUUAAUCAUUUACGUAACUGUAUUAAGUGAUUAAUGCUUUAUCAACUAUUAAAAAAAAAUAAAAUCACAGUUUUGAACUA